UUGUUAUUGCUUCCGAUCACAGGGAAUUUCCAUAUGACAAGCAUAAAUACGAAAAAUAAAGUUUCUGUUUUAGUUGGAUCUUGUUUGCAACGUUGCAGGAUGUAUUAUUUUUUCAUAACGUUAAUAUUGACCUUCUUCAUCAUAACAUGUGGAGAUUCGACUGGAGAAAAUUCGAAAGAUGAUAUCCGAAAACUUAUCUUUAAAUUUUUUAAGCACAACCCGGAAGAUUUUUCAAGAACGUUAUGGUAUCUUGACCAGGAAGAGAAAGAAUAUAAAGGCGGCGAAUCUCCUGUAUGGAAGACCCUGAACAUGGCAACGUCUUCUGAAGAUGCCUUUAAAAUGUAUGCAUCAAAUUUAGCGGCUGAUACCAAGGAAGCAAAGCGAGAUCCUCAAUUUCGUAAAACUAUGUCCGAAAUAUAUCAAAAUCUUUUAGACGUAAACGGUUCACCGAGCCAUGAUGGCCAAAAUUAUCAUUUUUCAGUUGCAAAAUUACAAAUUAGCAAAUCCUUUCCAGAACUGGCAAAAAUUUGGGAAAUUAUCGGCGUGGAAGGCCAGAAAGAGUUGCUACCUAUGAUAAAAGAAGUUUGUUUGAGCUUACAUUCGAAAAACUUAGUGUUGGUAGCUGAUGAAUUAACUGGGUUGGUGACAAAGCAUGGAGGGACUCCGAUUAUGGUUGCUCUUUCGUCAGUUUAUUUGGCCUAUGACGCAGUUAUUAACAUCAGACGUUGGUGGAAAGGGGAGAUAACCGGUGUGAGAUGCGUGAAGAAUAUUAUAGAUACUGCUUCAGGUUUAACGGGUGGUGCUGGUGGUGGGUUAGGAGCGGCCGCGUUGGUAGGUUAUGUAGGUGGCGGGCCAGCCUAUGUGUUUGCAGGAGGAAUAUUUGGUUCUAUAUUUGGGCAUUACCUUGGAGAAACAAUCUCAGAUCGCUUGACACAAUGGAUAUUCGGAAUUCCUAAAUCCGCAGCGCUUGAAGAGGCUUAUAAUUAUCUUGGAGUGAAACCAACAGACUCAAAUGAUAAGAUCAAUCAAGCGUAUCACCAACUGUCACGAAAAUACCACCCAGACAAAGCUUCCGGAAAAGAUGAAGAUUUUAUAAAAGUUCAAGUAGCAAUGGAGGUGAUCAAAAAUUCAAGAAGAUCUGAUUGAAUUUGUACAUUUCUUUUUAUAAGCAACUUAACUUUAACGACCUAGUACUUGGGUUGGAAAAUUUUUUAAGAUCAUAUAAAUCGCAGCCAAAAAUCAUUAGUGUUCACCCAACACAGUUGUGGAGAUAAUGUUAUGUUUUCCCUCAAAGCCCCAAAACACCUUUUCCGAAUUUUAUUAAUUAUAAUAAUUAUGCCGUCAUCCAAAAUUUUUUAAUGGUUCUGUGCUCUUCAAAUAUUCAGAUAGAAUAUCAAAUUAUCAUGACAAAAAUGAAGUUUUUACACCAAUAUAAUAUUCUGGUUGGAUUUUAUUUAGAUUUAAAGAAAAUAAUUAUUUUAAAAACGAGGCUAUUCUUAGGAAGCCCGGCUAUAUAAAGGGUUUGACCGUAACUUACAGGUAGGAAUUGAGGCACUUAACGAACAGAAAUAUUUACGAAAUUAAGUACUUUGUUAUACCUUUUGCUAAGGAACUUAGGAAUAAGAAUCAUUUUUAGUAUCGACCUCUUUAAUCGAGUUUGUCUAUUGAGUAACUACUCAAUUCAAAACCAGAGAAGAAUGACACGAAUAUUGUUAAAAAUAAUGUAAGCCUGGUAAUGCCUUUUCAGAAGAUGCAACCAAAGCCAAAAUUGUAUUGCCUGUAUCCAAUGUUGUUUACACCAAUGUUGCUUAGAAAUCUUUCAGAUUAUAGUACUGUUGCACAUGAACUGGUUGCUUAUAAAAAUAUGAGCACUGUGAUUAUUUAAUUAAUCCAACCUCGUCCCCAGGGCAUCUUGUAUCUUUUGAUGCCCUGGGGACGAAGUUGUAAAUAAUCAUUUGUAAAAAGAUAAUGACAAUACUUGUUAUCGUUAUUAUUAUUUAUUAAACGAAUAUUUUACUCACUGUGCGAUUAGGUGCUUCUUGUGUGGCUGGUAGAGUUAGGACUAAUUAGGUCAAAUUUGACCGUGUGUGUAAAUAAAAACAACCUUCACCUCAA